AUGCAGGGAACAGCUGUAAAUGACCUAGACGUCUCGUUAGACAUUCUCGGACAACAGCCGUUACUCAAGAUUUACACUCAAAUAUGCUUGUGCUUUCCGGUGUCCGACGCCUCCUCACAUACGGUUUUCAUUGAAACCCUGAAGAGCGGUCUGGAGAGGCUUACUUCUAGUUUUCCGUGGGUAGCAGGACAACUGGUUAGUGAACCGUCAGGCAAGGGUUCCUCAGAGAUCUUUAAGAUCAAGACAUUCGGGCAAACUCCUCGUCUGGUCGUGAAAGAUCUCAGAGGUGACCCUUCCGUUCCGUCGAUGGAUGCUCUCCAAAGAGCCGGUUUUCCCUUCCGUAUGCUGGACGAAUCCGUUAUUGCCCCACGUAACACAAUCCCAAGUCCAGAGGAAGCUGCGUCGGAAUGGCCAGUUUUCGCCCUUCAGGCCAAUUUCAUUACCGGCGGACUCGUCCUCACCAUUGUUGGUCAACACAACGCCAUGGAUAUGAUUGGCCAGGGCCAAGUUAUUCACCUCUUGUCGAAAGCUUGCCGCAAUGUCCCAUUCACGACCGAAGAGAUAUCGUCCGGCAAUCUUGAACGCAAGACCCUCAUUCCUCUGCUCGACGACUCGUACAUACCGGGUACCGAGCUGGAUCAUCAGAUCGUAAAACCCCCUUCCGUUCUCAUUGGCGGGGACAAAAGCGGCUCAGCAGCAGCUUCUGCACCCCCAAAAUCGACUUGGACCUACUUCUCUUUUUCUCCAACCUCGCUCGCCAGCCUGAAAUCUCUCGCGACAGAUACCCUCCCUUCAGGCUACAUCUCCACUGAUGACGCGUUGAGCGCCUUCGUCUGGCAAUCUAUCAUACGUGCCCGCUUACCUCGUUUGAAUCCCACAGGCGAAGCGACGUUCACUCGUGCUGUGGAUGUGCGAAAAUUCUUGGGCAUUCCUGCAACCUACCCCGGGCUUAUGCAAACUCUGACCUAUCACACAUCUAUGGUUCAAGAGCUGGUUGAUAAGCCUUUGGGCGUUGUCGCAUCAUACCUUCGUUCGACUUUGGAUUCUAAAGCAUUAGUAUAUCAUACCCGUGCCCUCACGACCUUCAUCGACCGGGCGAUACCCGGUAGUGUCGUUUCCUUCACAGCGUCGCUUGAUUUAUCAAUCGACUUGAUGCUCAGUUCGUGGGCAAAGUUGGAUUGCUAUGAACUCGACUUUGGCCUGGGAUUAGGAACACCCGAGUCAGUAAGGAGGCCACAGUUUAUCCCGGUCGAGAGUCUCGGAUACUUGAUGCCCAAGGCGCGGGAUGGCGAAAUUGCGCUCGGAAUUUGUUUAAGAAAUGAAGAUAUGGAGAGGUUAAAGGCAGAUACGGAAUUCGUCAAGUACGGAAGGUGUAUCGAGUAA